CUUUGUGUACAUAACAAGAAUGUUCUUCUUUCAAGGGUGAAGUUUGUAUUAUUAAGUGUGCAAUCAAGCUGUAUAUAGCUACCCCUUUUCCCACUCAAAAAUCAAUUGAUCAAAAGGAGUAGUGAAUUAUAACGCAAGUUCCUUGAAAUUUACAAUCAUGGAAGUGGAAAAUAUGAGCAGAAAUAUCAUCACUAGUAAGGAAGAGGAGGGUGAUGUUCCACUUCCGGGAUUCCGGUUUCACCCGACGGAUGAAGAGCUUGUGGGGUUUUAUCUCCGGAGGAAGGUCGAAAAGAGACCUAUCAGUAUUGAACUCAUCAAGCAGGCUGACAUCUACAAGUACGAUCCCUGGGAUCUUCCAAAGUCCUGCAGUAUUAACGUAGGGGACAAAGAGUGGUAUUUCUUCUGUAAAAGAGGGAGAAAAUACAAGAACAGCAUAAGGCCUAAUAGAGUGACGGGUUCGGGUUUCUGGAAAGCAACCGGUAUCGACAGGCCUAUCUACUCCUCCGCGCCAGGAGAAGGCCGUGACUGCAUUGGCCUCAAGAAAUCCCUUGUAUAUUAUCGUGGAAGUGCCGGAAAAGGCACCAAGACUGACUGGAUGAUGCACGAGUUCCGGCUGCCCCCUGUCCACGACAAAACCUCCAACAAACACACUGAUGCUAAAAACAAUAUCGCUCAAGAAGCUGAGGUUUGGACCCUGUGCCGGAUAAUAAAGCGUAGUGUUUCUUAUAGAAAAUGUGUACCUGAUUGGAGAGAAGCCGCUGCGAAGAGGAGUUGUAUUAUCAACCCUGCCAGCUCCGAGACAUGCAGCGUGCAAGAGUCUUGUGAUCAAAAUGGGCAAAGCAACUACAUUAGUUUUAAUGCAGAACCAGCGAUGAAGCAAAUCACUGAGAAGAAACCCUAUUCUGGCCAGGUUGAAAGGACUGGAAAUCAACAGUUUGUAGGCCAAUAUUUCAGUCCAUCGGUAAUUUCGCAGGCUCCACCGGCUGCCGCUGCAGCGUCGUAUGCAUCAAGCUAUAUCUGUGGUGACAUUAGUGAGUUCUUAAGGCAUGCAGACUGGGAGGAUCUUCGAUCCAUCUUCGACUGUGCUGCUGCACCUGUUGCUGCUAAUCCUUUCUAUUUGUGAACAAAUUACUACAUAUAUAGAGGAUGUAAUCACACUUCACAUCUAAAUAAAUCGAGAUAGCUUGUGGAGAAUGGGAAAUUCAUGCAUGUAUAGUUUGUCGAUCAGGCCUCUUUGUGAUAUUGUGCACCGUGCGUGUCCAAUUUGUUGCCAA